AGUGUGUGAAAAUUGAAAACCCAUAAGAGUCUAGAGCACUCUCCAGUCUCCACUCCCCCAUCUAUCAACUCACAACUCUCCCAUAUCUCGAUCAAAACCAAUUUCACCAAUACAACAAUACCAUGAGCCUCCUUAGCUAAUAGAAAGAGAGCUCCAUCCCCAAUUCCCCACUCAAACUCCCCUCAUUUCAUGUCUCCACCCAACAACAACAAGCGCCCAGCCUCAUCUCCCACCAGUACCCACACUAACCUCACCUCCUCUUCCUUCUCUCCGUCAAUGAAGAAGCCCAAGUCUCAGUCUCUUGAUACCAGAAAUGCCCUUCACUCCGCCUUUAACUCCUCUUCCGCCGUUGACGACGACCCCGCUUCCGUGAUCGUCGACAACGAUGACGAUCUCAAAUCUAACGCUGUAAUCUCUUCUUCAGCUAACUCUCGUUCCGCUCCGAUUUCGGGCGGUGUUACUGCUAAUUUAUCCCGUAAGAAGGCCACACCUCCUAAUCCCUCUACCAAGAAGCUUGUUAUCAAGCUUGUUAAAGCUAAGCCGACACUACCUCCUAAUUUUGAGGAAGUUACUUGGGCAACCUUGAAGUCAGCCAUAAAUGCUAUUUUUUUGAAGCAGCCUGAUUCAUGUGAUCUGGAGAAACUCUAUCAGGCUGUUAAUGAUCUUUGCCUGCACAAGAUGGGGGGAAGUCUUUAUCAACGGAUUGAGAAGGAGAGUGAAGCUCAUGUGUCUACAGUACUGCAUUCAUUGGUUGGCCAAAGUCCAGAUCUAGUGGUUUUUCUGUCACUUGUUGAGAAAUGCUGGCAGGAUCUCUGUGACCAAAUGCUAAUGAUCCGUGGCAUAGCUUUGUAUCUUGAUAGGACGUAUGUGAAACAGACCCCGAAUGUGAAGUCAUUGUGGGACAUGGGAUUGCAGCUUUUUCGGAAGCACCUUUCUUUGUGUCGUGAAGUUGAACACAAAACUGUUACUGGUCUUUUGAGAAUGAUCGAGAGAGAAAGACUAGGUGAAGCUGUUGAUAGGACUCUUCUCAACCAUCUUUUAAAAAUGUUUACUGCUCUGGGCAUUUACCAAGAGAGCUUUGAAAAACCGUUCCUUGAUUGUACAGAGGAAUUUUAUGCUGCUGAAGGUGCAAAAUACAUGCAGCAGUCUGAUGUUCCAGAUUACUUGAAGCAUGUUGAAAUAAGAUUGCAUGAAGAACAAGAAAGAUGCCUUCUUUACUUGGAUGCAAGUACUAGAAAGCCACUCAUCUCAACAGCCGAAAAGCAGCUUCUUGAACGUCAUAUUUCUGCAAUACUUGAUAAGGGCUUCAUGAUGCUUAUGGAAGGAAGUCGUGUUGAUGACCUCCAGAGGAUGUACAAUUUGUUUCUCAGGGUCAAUGCCCUCGAGUCUCUGAGGCAGGCACUAAGUUCGUACAUCAGGAAAGCUGGUCAGGCUACAGUUAUGGAUGAAGAGAAAGAUAAGGAUAUGGUGUCUUGUCUCUUGGAGUUCAAGGCAGCUCUUGAUAAAAUAUGGGAAGAAAGUUUUUCAAAGAAUGAAUCUUUUGGCAAUACAAUCAAAGAUUCAUUUGAAUACCUCAUUAAUCUUCGUCAGAACCGUCCUGCCGAGCUGAUUGCAAAGUUUCUGGAUGAGAAGCUUCGAGCUGGAAAUAAGGGAACAUCUGAGGAGGAAUUGGAGGGCACCCUUGAUAAAGUUUUGGUGUUAUUCCGAUUUAUACAGGGCAAGGAUGUCUUUGAAGCAUUCUACAAGAAGGAUCUUGCAAAGAGGCUUUUGUUGGGAAAGAGUGCUUCAAUUGAUGCCGAGAAGUCUAUGAUCUCAAAGCUCAAAACUGAGUGUGGUAGUCAAUUUACAAAUAAACUCGAAGGAAUGUUCAAGGAUAUAGAAUUGUCGAAAGAAAUUAAUGAGUCUUUUAAACAAUCAUCUCAAGCUAGGACAAAACUUCCAUCAGGAAUUGAGAUGAGUGUCCAUGUCUUGACUACUGGGUACUGGCCCACGUACCCUCCUAUGGAUGUUCGGCUCCCACAUGAGUUAAAUGUAUACCAGGACAUAUUUAAAGAGUUUUACCUUAGCAAAUACAGUGGUAGACGGCUAAUGUGGCAGAACUCGUUAGGUCACUGUGUUCUGAAAGCAGAUUUCCCCAAAGGUAAAAAGGAGCUUGCAGUUUCCCUCUUUCAGGCUGUUGUUUUGAUGCUAUUUAAUGAUGCUGAGAAGCUAAGCUUUCAAGAUAUUAAGGAUGCCACUGGAAUUGAAGAUAAAGAGCUCCGAAGAACCCUCCAGUCCCUUGCGUGUGGCAAAGUUCGUGUCCUUCAGAAGGUUCCUAAAGGAAGAGAAGUGGAGGAUGAUGACUCUUUUGUGUUCAAUGAUACAUUUUCUGCCCCGCUUUAUCGUAUAAAGGUUAAUGCUAUCCAAAUGAAAGAAACGGUAGAGGAGAACACAAGCACCACUGAGAGAGUAUUUCAGGAUCGUCAAUAUCAGGUUGAUGCUGCUAUAGUUCGUAUCAUGAAAACAAGGAAGGUGCUUAGUCAUACUCUCCUGAUAACUGAACUCUUCCAGCAGCUCAAGUUUCCCAUAAAACCAGCUGACCUGAAGAAGAGGAUUGAGAGCCUUAUAGACAGAGAAUACUUGGAGAGAGACAAGAAUAAUCCUCAAAUCUAUAAUUACUUGGCGUAAACACAUCAUUUGAAGUAGAACCUUCUAGAUGACUCGGGGAAACCCUGGUACUGUCAACUGAAGGUUGGUUGUCUGAUAAUGUACAGUAACUUGCAUCCUUCACUUUCUUUUUCAUUUCCAACCAUUUAGAUGUAAUUUUCCCCCCAUAUCUUGAUAUUUAUGCUUUACAAUCUUUCAGAAAAUUCUUCAUAUCAAGAGCAAAAGUAUAUUGUAAAAUAUCAGCUAUGUGGUAAUUAGUACUAAGUUGCCUCUGGUCGCUCGAAUCUCUUAUUUUGCCAUGUAUUCUCUCACAAAAUUGACCUAGCUCGAAUGUGAUUUGAAUUUUCACAA